CUUGAUUUCAAGGAAACACCUGUUUACUGUACAGAUCCAAAUCAAGCAACUCUCGAGAAAUGGGAGUGUCUUCUUGACCUCGAUCUUUAUUGAUCUUGGUAUCAGCACCUCCAAUGACGUGUCCUGAGGGGCGGGAGAAAAUGAACAAGUGCCUUAUACACCGGGAAAGAGCAGAAGCCUAACUGUUGCUGCAGAAAGUCCCCACAGAGGAGGUGGGGUUAGAGUGUUCGGGGAGCAUUAAACAGUGAGUGCCCUGUAGAAAGUUCAGUACCGGGGUGCAGAACUUUGCAUCGGCUCUGAUUUUGAAGCAGAAGCAGUUUUGAAGCUGGCCAGUAAGGGACGUGUCAGGCAUUUGACUUAUUAAUGAUCUUGAUUUUAAUAGGAAACCUUUGUGAAAGGGGAUGCAGCUUCUGCUAGAUAUUGUCAACUUCUGAAUUACUAGAUUUGGUUCUACUUUUUGGCACUCAGAAAACCCCGGUAUUUCCAAACCAGCUUUCUUUUGCUUCAGGACGUAUAUUACCCAAGCCUGUACUAUGGAGAAUGGGGACGGUAAUGAGGGCACCUCAGCUUUUCACGUGCCUGAGUGGAUGCAGAUUCAAUUUGCUGACCAGAAGCAAGAAUUCAACAAGCGUCCCACCAAAAUUGGACGUCGCUCUCUGUCUCGCUCCAUUUCUCAGUCAUCUACUGACAGCUACAGCUCAGCGGCUUCGUAUACAGACAGCUCUGAUGAUGAGACAUCCCCUAGGGACAAGCAGCAAAAGAACUCUAAGGGAAGCAGUGACUUCUGUGUCAAGAACAUCAAACAGGCAGAGUUUGGACGAAGAGAAAUUGAAAUUGCUGAACAAGAAAUGCCGGCACUGAUGGCUUUGAGGAAGAGAGCUCAAGGAGAAAAACCUUUGGCUGGAGCCAAAAUCGUGGGUUGCACACACAUCACUGCUCAGACUGCUGUGCUUAUGGAAACUCUGGGUGCUCUGGGGGCACAGUGCCGAUGGGCUGCCUGCAACAUCUAUUCCACCCUCAAUGAAGUGGCUGCUGCUCUAGCAGAAAGUGGAUUUCCUGUGUUUGCCUGGAAAGGAGAGUCAGAAGAUGACUUUUGGUGGUGCAUUGAUAGAUGUGUGAAUGUGGAGGGCUGGCAGCCAAACAUGAUCUUGGACGACGGAGGGGAUCUUACUCAUUGGAUUUAUAAGAAGUAUCCCAACAUGUUUAAGAAAAUCAAGGGCAUCGUAGAGGAGAGUGUUACUGGAGUCCAUAGGCUGUACCAGCUCUCCAAAGCUGGGAAGCUAUGUGUUCCAGCCAUGAAUGUCAAUGAUUCAGUCACCAAACAGAAAUUUGACAACCUCUACUGUUGCCGUGAAUCAAUUCUUGAUGGACUUAAAAGGACAACAGACAUGAUGUUUGGUGGAAAGCAGGUGGUGGUCUGUGGCUAUGGAGAGGUGGGGAAGGGGUGCUGCGCUGCCUUAAAAGCUAUGGGCUCCAUUGUGUAUGUGACUGAGAUUGACCCUAUAUGUGCCCUUCAAGCCUGUAUGGAUGGAUUUCGACUGGUGAAAUUAAAUGAGGUCAUCCGACAAGUGGAUAUUGUUAUUACCUGUACAGGUAACAAGAAUGUGGUAACCAGAGAGCACUUGGACCGUAUGAAGAAUAGCUGCAUCGUUUGUAACAUGGGACAUUCUAACACGGAGAUUGACGUGGCGAGUCUGCGGACACCAGAACUGACCUGGGAGCGAGUGAGAUCCCAAGUUGACCAUGUAAUAUGGCCUGAUGGCAAGAGGAUAGUAUUGCUGGCAGAGGGCCGUCUGCUGAACCUCAGCUGCUCCACAGUGCCUACCUUUGUGCUCUCCAUCACCGCCACUACUCAGGCUCUUGCCUUGAUAGAGCUCUACAAUGCUCCUGAGGGCCGCUAUAAGCAGGAUGUCUACCUGUUGCCCAAGAAAAUGGAUGAGUAUGUGGCCAGCCUACACCUGCCCACCUUUGAUGCCCACCUGACCGAGCUGACAGAUGAACAGGCCAAGUAUCUGGGACUCAACAAGAAUGGGCCCUUCAAGCCCAAUUACUACAGGUAUUAAGUUCCUGUAACUCAAGCCAGAAGAAGUUUUAAGGAAUAGAACUCCAAGUCUUUUCUCCACUCCUAUACAGGAAAGAACCCAGCAAGCUGCUUCUCCAAUCAGCUGCCCGCCGUGCUCAUCCUGUACGUUAGAUUAUUUAUUUAUUAAAAUCCAGAAUCCUGUGCCUGUCGCCUUGGCCUAGAGUGUGGUUGCUGCCCCAAGGGCUGUAAGAGCCACAGAGGACAGGCUGAGAAAGGAAAGAAAUGGGGUAGCUGCUCCCAGUGCGUCUUUCGCAUGAUUCCCCAUUGACUCUGAGUCCUCAGCAUUGGUCAGUAUUCUCUCGUCCAGGCUCAGGAGUUAGUCCAUGGAUUCCAGAUUCCUUGUUCUCUGGGGGUUUUCUGGAAUAAGUUUUUAACAGCUGCCUUUCUCAGCUUUGGCCCUUCCCUAGGUGAGGCCUUUUGGAAACCACUGAAUUCACUUGGCCUGGGUUCCCAGCCUUGACCAUCACUAUCACUGCCUUCUUUAUACAAUGGCUGGGAAGGAAGGAGUGUUGUGGCUUUGGCAGCUACACCAAAAACUCAGCUCUGCCUGUACUUGCUGUGGGUCUCCUUCCUUACCCGGGACUCCUUUCUUCUUGAAUAUUUAUGUCCAUUUUAACACUUUCAGGUUCCAAGAGGAAUGUGCCUCUAUUAUUUCCUCAGCAGCUCUGAUGUUUGUCAGACAUUUGUUUUGCUGUCUUUAUAACCCAGCUAACCUCUGCUCAGGAAGUGGGGGCCAGCCGCACGGGAGCCUGUAAUUUUACUUCCUUGUCAUUUAACUGGAUAGUUUCCCGGGAAGCUCCCUCCAGAUUGGCACUGUCUCAUAAAAGGAGGCUUGUUGUGAAACACUGCUUCCUGAAACUUCCUCCUAUUGCCUAAAACUUUCUGAAACUGAGCAGGAAAAGGCUUACCUUUCAAGGGAUUUGGGAGUGCAGGACUUUGGAAAUGGGACAGGUCUUUCAGGCCCACAGCUCAAUACCCUAAAGAAGCAGAAUGUAUUUAUUUGUCCCCUGGGAAGGGCUUUGCAGCUUAACUGAGUAGGCUAUACAGAGAUGACACUGUCAACUGAAUCCAGAUAAUCAAAGCUAGUUUGACUAGUUUGAACCUCAUCGGACAUUCAUCCCUUUGGUCAUUGCCAUUGAUGAAACUGAAAUCUAAUGUCUCUGCAAUUUGGUCUGUCGUCUUUCUUCUCUGCAGGCAUAUCUUUUUAUGUUCUGGCCUCUUGCAUCUUAAGAUUCUGUAUUUCAGAGAGGUAGUUUUUUGAACAACUCCACCAUUACAAAAAAUUUAUAAUGUGAGCAGCCUGAAAUUUUGUAUCCCACCUAAGAAUUGGAUUCCUUUUGGAGACUGGCCUAUUGGUCUUAAGGGUUCCAUUGGGACCAGAUUGGUUCUAGGAGUUAAGUCUGGAGUGGCCCUAGGAAUCUUGGAUGAAAUGAGCCCUUUUUUCCCCUGCCAUCCCUAUUUAAUACUUGAAGUUUUGCUUGUUUUUCCAUUUUUUUCUAUCAUGGUUUGCUUCAAAGUCUCAAGACCAGGGUGACUCAAGGAAACACCAAACCACCCAGGAUCACUAUAACCUUCUGCUCCUCAGUUUCCACCUUCUCCAGCUUCCCCUGGUCUUCACAUAUAUCCUGAGCUAGUCUGGAAGUGACCUUCCUUUUGGAGGUAGGGAGGUGGGCCUUAGGUAAAUGGCUCUUUGCCUCAUUAAAUAGCAUACUGGCUCAGCCCAUAGAAUCUGGUUCAUCAGAGACCUAUGUCUUAGCGAGUACUAGAAAAUUGCCACAUACAUGGCUGUAUUCUUUCAUAAAGAAGAUCAUAAAGGCUGAAAAUUCCACCAGGGCUAUUCAGUUCUUCCUUUUGCCUUCCCAGUUCUGAUUUUUGUAUUAACUGAAUCCCUUUAGCAGAAGAUUCAGAAAAUGAGAUUUGUAGCUCAUCUUACAUCCAGAGUAGAAUCCAUUAGGCAGAUAUCUGGACUCCAGCCUAUUAUGUUUUAGGCCAAAUAUCACAGCCUGCUGUUUCUCAGCAAAGCCUGGCUGCCUGUGGUGCUCACUCUGCUGGUCCUGACAGAGCAAGCUCUGCCUUGCAGUAGUGAAGAGACCCAUUCCAAAUGAACAAGGAGCCACACUGGGCUUCUAGGUUAGGUUGCCAGUGUUGCUACCCAUGGUGAGGUAUUUGCCUCUGAAUUUCAGGGGAUCCUGAGUCACCAACCAUUAAGGAAAAGGAGGUCCAGGCCUCCUGAGUAUUUGGGUUCUACCUUGGUGUUGGAAUUUGGUCAUUAUUCUCUCUGCCCUUGUAAUCAGAACAAAGAUGUCAUCUUCCCUCAAGCUCUCACCUUAGACGCAUCCUAGGUAUCUGGAAGCAUGGGAAAGACUUUUUAUAUGUGGCCCUGGCCUGUAGGGAUUCUUACCAUUUUCUCUACAAUGAAUUUGUGCUAGUUUUCAAGGUCUUUUUUGCCUUCUUAAAGGAAAUAUUCAAUUUUCUUUUUCUCACUAAAAAAAAAAAAUAAAUAUAUAAAGAUAUCUGGUCUACCUUCCCUCUGCCCUCCUACCUCCUUGUCUUCCCUUCCCAUAUGAGCACGGCUCCCCAUGGCCACAUACUCUUGCAAAGCUUUUUUGCUGCUUGGCUUUUCUCUGAACAGAUCUGAAAUCGCUGCUCCUGUGGUUUUCUCAAAAUUAACUUUGUCCUGGUUUUAAAAGAGAAAUCAAAAUGCAUUGUUGCAUUAAGCUUUUUUAAUAAAGGAAAAUUAUGGAAAGAAAAUAGGCAACACCAGCAAAUUAUAUGUGGACAAGUUCUAAACUCUAUAUACGUACGUACAUACUAUAUAUAUAUAUAAAUAAUCAUCUAGUUCUCAUUGUCAUCUUACUAAAAGGAAAUAAAACCUCUAAAGAUUGCCAUUUCUGAGAGGCUCUUGGAAAUCUUUAUGUCUAAGUGAUUGGAUUAGAUCAGCAAUAAUUAAUAUGUAAUCUCAAAUGAUAAAUAAAAUAUUCUUAAAAUGGA